UUUAAAUUAUCACGUGGUGUAAUAUAAUCAAAACGUAAAUCCGAAUCCAGGUUCGUGAUAAUGUAGAUGUAAAUCUUUCCCGCUUCUCAGCGGGAGAGCCGGCAUGCGAGAUCCAGUUGAUACUCCUACAUCCAUAAAAGAGACGAGUUGGAGCCUCCUCACACACUGUCAUCUGUCAUCGCUCGUCUCCCGAGCGUUCUGCGUUCGGAUGAGAAUUAUAUAUUCCUACGCCGGUGCUUGGUUGGAGGUUUAGAAACAACGAGAAACAUCUUUUCGACUCUGUCAAACUUCUGCAGUUUUAUUCUCCGAUUUAAUCAAGAAAUUAAAGGGUGUUUGGAGAAAUUUUGUGUAGAUACAUUUUAAGCCAAUUUUUUUAUAUUUUAUUUGUGCGAAUAAUUUUGUUUGAGAAAGUUAUAUAUGUCGUUUUUUAUAUAAGUAACACAUAUUUAUCAUGUUGCCUCUAAUUAAUUUGUAUAUAUAUUUUUAUUUAUUUCGAGCUGCAAGUAGCUCGAUAAUGACAACACCUCCUCUGUCGGCUUUGAUAGUUGCGUUUGAAAGUGUAUAUGAUUUAUCGUUACUCGCUAAUACUUUGUCGGAUCAGGGAAUUGAUACAACAUUGAUAAUACCAUCUUACUCUGAAAACGAUCUUUAUAAUAAUCUAAUUGACGUCGAAGUAUUGAAACUAAACGUUAAUAUUGAUAAAUCGGCGACUGUUGAUAAACACGCAUUAGAAGCCUGCGAUAGUCUCUUCCGGGAUGACGAGAUAAUGAAAAAAAUACGAGAAUUUCAACCUACAUUCACUAUAUUUCCAGCAUUAAGACACGAUGGCUGCUUGCUUCCAUUUGUCAAAUAUAUUGAAUCCAUUCCAGUAAUUUGGAUAAAGAACCCGGAUGAAGAACUGUAUGCAUUAGAAUGCACUGGAGUUGCUCUGCCGAUACACAGUGGUGGAUUCUGGUCAAGACUCACAACGAGUUUUGCAGGAAGAUCCAUAUUCUCUGCUGCUAAAAAUGACUAUCUAACUCCUGCUUUAAAAUUAGCAAUUAAAUAUCUACCAGAUGUUAAUUUUGACUUAGAUCAUCUUUAUUCUGAUGUCCGUCUAGUACUUUGGGGAGCUGAUACGGUGUUACGUUCCAGUUUUGCAGUUUUAUCACAAUUACUCGUAGAGGUCGGUUGCCAUCAUUGCAGAGGCGUACAUCCUUUAUCCGGAGAUUUACAAAAAUCAUUAAUUGAACAUAGAUUGGGUACUAUUGUUGCUCUAUUAGACAAGAAUUAUGAAAUACUAAUACAAGAAUUGGCGAAGAAAUUGCCUCAAGGUAGAGAAGGUCAAGCUAUUGUGUGGAGAAUUAACAAGGGCGAGACAAGUAUCGCUGCACCGGAGAAUCUUUUUAUUCGCGGAGAUAUUGAUCGACAAGACCUCAUAGGUUACAGCCGAACCCGAGUGGUGUUGAGUCAUUGUGCCGAAACGGAAUUCCUGGAAGUCGCCUUUCACGGAACCCCCGUGAUAUGUCUACCUAGGGACACGCACGAGUCUCGCAAUUCUGCCCGCGCGGUCGAGCUGGGCUUCGCUCGUUCCAUCGAGAACGGCUACGACUCGGCCGAGGAGAUGGCGAACGUCGUGCACGAGAUGCACGAGACUGCAGCUUAUCGCGAGAACGCGCGAAAGGUUUCCCUGGCGAUACGCGAUAGGCUCAAUCCGGCCUCGGACAGGCUCAUCUACUGGCUGAACUAUGUCGCGAGGACGAAGGACGACGACCGAAAGUUUCACAGAGCCAAGAGCCAAACGAGGACGCUCACGGAGGAUAUUCAGUUCUUCGUGGGUCUUCUGGUAGGCGUGAUCUUCGGGAUCGUCUCCACGGGCUGCGCGGUGGUCGCGCGAUACCUAAUGACGGCCAGCAAAGUCCAAAAGUCAAAGGGACGAUACACGCGAUGAUGAUGAUGAUGAUGAUGAUGAUGAGGAGGAGCAUCAUUACAGUCAAGACAUUGAUGUAUACACAAUAAUAUUAGCUGGAAGUUUCAAGGAUUGAAUUGGCGGUGUUUUUGCGCAACACGAAUUAGACUCACGUGAGAUUCCUCUCGCAGUAAUCAGGACUGUCCUCGAGAUAAACUAGAUCCGUCUUGUUCGGUCGUUUGAGAUCAGGACGCGCCGGUCUGAGCCUAGCUGGUCUUCUUCCACCACGUUGAGCCAAUCGUACCAGAGCGGCACCCUCGUGCAAAGCUGCCAGAGCAACUCCGGCCAUCCUGAAUGCCGGAAGUCUUCUCCAGCACACACGCACGCUACACGAACCGGACAUACCUGUCGCGUUAAGAAAAAAGGGAAAAAGAAAAUAAGAGUGAAAGAGUCGUUCGAUAAAUGAAGAAAGAAGGAUUACAAAAUGCGCUAUAAUAUACAUGUAAAAAUUAUGAUGUAUUAUAUUUGAGGUAGAGACAGA